AUGGCUAUCAUGAGGACUAUCAGGUACCGAUCACCACAUAUUAACAGAAUAGUGGUAUGCCUUGGUGGUGCUAAUCCAUGUGCAUCAGAGACUGCAUUAAGUUAUCAUGUACCUACUAAACAGGAGAGUAUUGAUGAGUCCAAUGACUAUGAGAGACGUUUCAAGAACAUCGCUAGUGAAUACCCUCAACUCGAGACAACAUUCGAUGUCGCUGAAGCGACUAAGGAUAUCAGAGAUACUCUCAUGGAGUACUGUAGUGAGACUGAACCAGAUCUCGUGGCCAUUGGAUCUGGAGGCUCGACACACUACCUCAAGUUGGCAUCAUUAGUGGAGUAUGUAGUGCGAGAAUCUCCAUGUGAUGUCCUAAUCUUACGAGAGAAUGAGGCGGCUUCUACUAGUACUCCCAAUGAGUCUGAUGACGAAGAUAAUGGGGAUGUGGCAGAGUUUGCUGAGGCUGGUACUGCAAGCAUUGAAGAUAUACUUAUGGGUGAUUUGAAGGAGGUUAUGGAUGAACAUAAGGCUGAUGAUGAGUUGAUAUUCUCAGCUAAAGUCCUACAAGCUAGCCCUUUACCUGCUGCAGCAAUGUGUGAGUAUGCUCAGAGAGAGAAUGUUGACAUUAUAGCUACUGGUUAUGGUGGGCAUUCACAUCUCUUCCAUCCUAAUAGCUUUCCGUAA